AUGGAUGUAACAGGUGUUGCAAUUGUUAUAACACGGAUAUAUAAUCAUAUUGGUAAAAUAGUGUGUGGAAAUUUCGACAACCGGAUGAUACCGGAAUGGAAUCGUUAUGAAAAAUGUAAUAGAAAUAAUAAAAAGAAUUGUUUGGUGUUGCAUAGUUUGAGUAAGGAGAAAAAAAAUGAUGUUUUACCACAAGAACUUCAAGCAAUGAGAUAUAUGAAAGAAUUUGCAAUGUUAUAUUUGAUACAUUCAACGGAUGAUUACAAAAAAGCAAAAAGAAAAGAUAAAAGAAGUGAAAAAAGAUAA